AUGGAUGCCAUGAGCCGAGCUUUAUGCAAGGUGGCACGAUCACCGUUUUCUGAUGAGAUUGAACGUGCACAGAUGCCGCAGAGAUUUAACAAAUUGCCAUUUGUUUCAUAUGAUGGAAAGGCUGACCUUGUUGAACAUGUUAGCCAUUAUAUCCAAAUGAUGUCAAUGUACAGCCAAAAUGACGCAUUUAUAUGUAAAGUAUUCCUCUCUAGUCUCGGGCCUACUGCUUUAAGGUGGUUCAAUGGGUUAAAGAAUGGAUCAAUUCAUAAUUUCAAAGAGUUAAUACAAGAAUUGGGUGCUCAGUUUAUGAUGUGUAGUCGGGUGUCGCAACCGGUGGACGCGCUGCUGUCUAUGAAGAUGAGAGGUGGGGAAACUCUUUGGAGCUAUUCUAAUAGGUAUUUGGAGUUAUAUAAUAAGAUUGGGGGAGGUAAUGAGAAAGUAGCAGCUAGCAUUUUCAGAUUGGGACUUCCAGAGGACUCAUAA